AAAGCACGACAGGGCAGCUUGCUGCCACUGCAAUGGGAAAACAGCUGAAAAGUCCGCUGCACAUGACAUUACAGCACAGGAAAGGAAAGAAGCGGAGUUGGUCUGUUCAUAGCUUUAAAGAGAGGGCGGCUGGAGCUUUGAUUUCUUCAAGGAAACGGGAGGGGAGGGGGCGUAGUGCUGGAGCUCAUGGUCGGAGGGAAGUGAGUCUCUUGUCCUGGCCAGGCUCGGCUCGUGCUGGCUUUUUACAUAGAGGACGGGGGAAUGUUAUGGUUUCCCCCCUUCUUUCUCCUCUCCUGGUAUUAAACUGAAGAGGGAAGGAAGCGGAGCGGGCAUUUUCCACUGUCGCCCCCCUCCCAAAGGAGUUUUGGCGGACUACGGCAUCGCACUACGGGGUUCAAGCCCCUUACAACCCUCCCCCCAGCAGCUCAGUCCAAGCGGCUGCAGGAGAGGAGCUGGGCGGCCCUCGCUCCUGCCUGCCUUCGUCGGCUCCUUGACAAAAGGAGACGGAGGCGGCGCCUCAGCGUAUGUGACGAGGAGGGGGGCAGGCAGCAACAGCAACAACGCCGCCCAGUUGAGUUACUUUACUUUCGAGGUAGUGGCUGCCGGAGAAAGUCCGUAGUCCGGCCAAAGCAGGCGAUGAACGGUUUCGGCCCCGAGGAAGUGACCCGCGGCGGGGGAGAAGCCGCCGCCAUCCCUGCAGUAGUCGCCAACGCCGCCGCCGCAGUGGAAGUCUUGCCGCCAACGCCGCCUCUCCCGCAGCCACCGGCCGGGCUCGGAGCUGCCUCGUCCGCCGCCGCGGCGACAGCUGCGGGCUCGGCCGGACCCCCGGGGGCUGCGGGCCCCGGCGCGGGGCAGUUGUGCUGCCUGCGGGAGGAAGGCGAGAGGUGCAGUCGGGCUGCUGGCAACGCCAGCUUCAGCAAGCGCAUCCAGAAGAGCAUCUCGCAGAAGAAGGUGAAGAUCGAGCUGGACAAGAGUGCAAGGCAUCUUUAUAUUUGUGAUUUCCACAAAAACUUAAUUCAAAGUGUCCGAAACAGAAGAAAGAGAAAAGGCAGCGAUGAUGAUGGUGACUCGCCAGUACAAGAUGUAGACACUCCAGAGGUUGAUCUGUUUCAGUUGCAGGUAAACACACUAAGAAGAUACAAAAGGCACUUCAAAUUACAGACCAGACCAGGACUUAACAAAGCACAGCUUGUUGAAAUAAUUGGGUGUCAUUUCCGGACGAUUCCAGUAAAUGAAAAGGACACCUUGACCUAUUUCAUCUACUCUGUGAAGAACGAUAAGAACAAAUCUGAUCUAAAAAUGGACAGUGGUGUUCACUAAAUAAGAGACUUGCCGAUGUACAGACUGUUUUGGGUUUGCUGAAGAUUUCUUUGUAACUGGUAUUCAGAUGGAGAAUCCUCAUAUUUUUCUUGGGAAAAAUACUGCUCAUAAAUGAGAUUUCCAUGGUAAAAAUAUUUUAAAUAAAUACUAUUGAUGUUGCUGCACCUUCAUGUGUACGGUGUCUGGCACGUGUGUAAGGCUAUUAAUGUAGAUUACUUAACAAUUUGCAGAAAUAAGUUGAAAGGUGGGGUGUCCUCCAAAAAUAUUUUCUAUAGAUCAUUCCUGGGGGGGAAACAGCUAAUGAUGUCAAGGUCAUGUUUCAUAACAAAGUAAUUUGUAUAUCAGUUGCAAAGAUGAGUGGCUACGUUAGGUAAGAUGUUCAAGAGACCUUUGCAUAGCAGAGCUCUUAGCAUACUUUCUAAGGUUUUCCAUCCUCCGUAUUACCUUUGGGUCAGUUCAAAAAUCAUGCUAAGCCACAGUUAAGAGAGCUUUCCUAGGGAUUAAUAUAAUAUCUGAAUUGACGGACCAUUGCUUAUGAUUAGGCUGGCAAACCACCUACAGAAACCACAGUUUGUAAUUAGUUUUCAAGCAAUGUUUUGUGCUACUUAAUAGGUUUAGCAUGUUGUCUGAAUUAGCAGACUAUAGUUGUGGUCAUUGCUCAACUGCCAAAGGCUGCUUCAUCAUGAAGAGGGGAUUAGACUUUUAAGUGCAGGGGGAGGGGGGAAUGAAAGCAAGUAACUGGCUGUAAACCAUGUUUUGCCUAUUUGUAUGUUGGAAGCUCAAACCAUGGUUUGAAUUCUAAACUAUGGCUAGCACAAAUCAUGGUUUGGCAUGAUAUUCAAACUGAAUCUUAAUGUUUGAUGUCGUAUCACCUACUUCCAAAUAAAGAUUUGAUUGCAGUUCCAUAUUA